AUCCUACUCGACCAUCAUGGAUUCUAGUUCCAAUUCGCAGAGUCCGAAGCCCGAAAGCUCCGUACAAAUGAAUACCGAAGACAAAGAUCACAUCGCCAUGUAUGUGGCAGGCUACGCUUGGAGGACAACACUCCUGAUAUGGCUCGACUUGAGUGGCCUGUCCACAGAUUCCACCUUCGAUUUCGCAGCCCGUUGGAUCGGCAGUUUCGGCCUUCUCAUCGCAUGUCUAACUCUGCUUUCAACCAGCCUCGACGCCCUUGGUAAGGCUANNUGUAUGGUACCUGAUGACCAUACCAAGGGAGCAUCCCGGACUUNNUUUAUCGGUGCCCUGACAGGCGUGUUUGUGGCAGUCAUCAUUGCUGUGUUUUCGCACUGGCUGGACGAAAAGCUGUUCCUCUAUCAGGUCUUCUGGGCGCAAGUACUGGCGCUACCUGGAGGCUUCAUUGUAGCCAAGUAUCUGGGAGACAGAAUGGAUGGCAACGAGGACUGGCUCGCGAGCCUCGGUGCAUAUGGCCUGGUCAACAUGUUCCUGUGGCUGGACCUCCUGAACAUCCCCGGUCCCAAAAGUGAAGAAAUGCGCCAAGCGACUGAUUGGGAGGCUUUCGGGAUGAUAGCAUGGACCAUUGGUUAUUUCACUCGCGACGCAAAAGAUCCUGGUGGCAAUGGCAGAGUCUUGACGACUCUUGGUGCUUUCAUCGGCGUUGGUGUCAUGACAACCGGCAUCAUGCUACCCCUCGAAUUGGUGUUCUAUGUUCUGGAAGGCAGAUACUGGAUCUAUCAAAUUCUUCUCGCGGAAUCCGGUGCACUGCCCGGUGCAUAUCUCAUCGGCGGCUGGGCGUGGUUCGCUAAAGUCUAUGCUGGUCAGCAGCCUAUCUUGCCUCGGCACUCGACAGUCAGUACGGGAGAAGCACAAGUCUCAAGUACA